AUGGCGCGAUGCUUGGAGAUUGCGCUGCUUCUGUGCGCAUGCAUGGCGGAAGGUAUCGCGUUCAUGAUCCCAUCGGUCCAUGCAGCGUCUCACUUGCUCGAGAUGAAGGGGCUGAGAUCGCAGGCAUCCAGGGGGGUUUCUCUGAGAAUGGCGAGCAUCCUGCCUGAGGCAGCCAUCAAGGCUGUGCAGGAAUGGAACGGCGCGCCAAAAGAUUGCGAGUACGUGUGCGCAGCCUCCAAGACUGACGCCACGGUCAUGUCGGAUUUCUUCUCCCAGUCAUUGGGCGGCGGAAAGAAGGACUCCCAGGUCGUUUUCGUGGCUCCCAACUGCAAGAGUGCAGGCAGCAAGUUUGACGACAUGGCAAAGCACCUCAAGUCGGCGUGCGGCUUCUCUGACCUCAGCGUGCUCGAGAGCGCUCCUCAGCCCUGCUUCACUUUCAAGAGGCAGCUGGGUCCCACGAGCUCCCAGGCCGCACGGUCCACCGUCUCAGAGCAGCAGGUGAUGAACAGGGUUCUUGACUGGUUUCAGAACUUGAUGAUCUACCACAUCGACAACGAGGAGGACUUUGUGGAGAUCGGCCGCAUCCUCCUCUCGGUCAAGCGCUACACCGUCACACCCGCUGAGCACCAGUUCGAGCUGCAGCAGGCUUUCUGGAAGGAGGUGGCAACCCUGGUGGAAGGGGGGGAGGGGAACACUAUGAUGAUCGCCUCAAACUUCAUGCUCGAUGACGCUGAAGGGUUCGAGAAGUUCGUACAGACACAACUCACCGACCCGCUCCUCAAGUGGGCGUCCGAGGGGAAGGAGCUCAGGUUGAACUGCCACCAUCCUAAGGGCCCUCGCCAAUCUCCAUGGCCCAUCAUUCAGAUCCACAGUUAUGAUCCUCCCCCUCCUCCUUCGAACGAGCCUGGGUUGGACGACGUGACGUUUGAUGAUCAGCUGGAUUGGGGGACCGUCUCGUCGCAGGACUUGAGGAACGCCAAGCAAUCUCCGGGGAAGACUUAUCCCAUCGAAAUAGACCAAAACAACUUCAAAGAUCUGAAAUGA